UUCGGCCUUGGGAGACACCGUCGCUGUGGAGUGGAUUCUCCUCUGAGCCGGCCACGCGGAGAGUGGCGAGCAAACAUGAAUGUUGGAGUUGCCCACAGCGAGGUGAAUCCAAAUACCCGGGUAAUGAACAGCCGGGGUAUGUGGCUGACAUAUGCAUUGGGAGUUGGCUUGCUUCAUAUUGUCUUACUCAGUAUUCCUUUCUUCAGUGUUCCUGUUGCUUGGACCUUAACAAACGUUAUACAUAAUCUGGGGAUGUAUGUAUUUUUGCAUGCUGUAAAAGGCACACCUUUUGAAACUCCUGACCAGGGUAAAGCAAGGCUCCUAACUCAUUGGGAACAACUGGACUAUGGAGUACAGUUUACAUCUUCACGGAAGUUUUUCACAAUUUCUCCAAUAAUUCUAUAUUUUCUGGCAAGUUUCUAUACGAAGUAUGAUCCAACUCACUUCAUCCUAAACACAGCUUCUCUUCUGAGUGUGCUAAUUCCCAAAAUGCCACAGCUACAUGGUGUUCGGAUUUUUGGAAUUAACAAGUAUUGAAAGUUUUGAAACUGAAGAAAAAUUUUUACAGCUACUGAGUUGCCUGUAAAGAAGGAGUGGUUAGUAAACUGCACUUUUUCUAUGAUAGUGUGAAAUGAGAGGUAUUUACAUUGGAGAGCCUGUUGCUGGUUCUUCAUACGCUGUUUUGAAGUGCAGGGUUUCACUAGAGGAGGCCUAUGUUUAAUGCAUCUGGUAAAUUUCUGAAGAGAGGCUUUACAGGUAGGCUGGGCAGGCCCAGCUUAUAAGUUAAACGGCUAUCAAGUGAGGGUGUAGUAGAUAAAUCCAAGGAAAUAAGAGGUUUAUAAGAAACUAAGACCAGCUUAGUUUAUAAUGAAUGGGCAUUAUGUUAGGAGAAGAAACUUUCCAAUCAUUCAGUGAUGGUCAGUUUAAGCCGACUUACAUGUAAACCAAAAUAAUCUCUUUAGGUUUAUUGUAAAUCGUUUUUAUUACCAUACAUAUUUCUCUUGUGCUGUAUAAGAGGAUAUAUACCCUCUUGUUUCAUACAAGCCAAUUCCUACCUUAGGAGUGUACUUUUUUUCAUUUUGCUGGCUCAACAUUGUGUUUUGAUACACGAGAUCAUUUUUACAUUUAUUAAGUUAAUGAGUUCAUGAAGGUCCACGUUCGUGACUGAAGGUGAUAGAAGAUAGUUUGACAUCUUACAAACAGCCUCUGAGUCAGCCUUCUAAUUUUGAAACAGAGUGGGUUUUGCUGCCUUUGUAAACACAAGGCUGCUAAACCAAUUAAGAAAAUAAUUUAUUUCACACAGUUAAAGUAUAUGGUAAUUUAAAAGUCUCUGCUUAUUUGAUUGAGCAAUCUAAUUAUUUAAGUCUGCCAUUCUUUAAAAAAAAAAAUAUAGCCCUGGCCGGUUUGGCUCAGCGGAUGGAGCAUCGGCCUGCAGACCAAAGAGUCCCAGGUUCGGUUCCUGCUAGGGGCACAUACCAAAAAAAUAAAUUAAAAAAAUUAAAAAAGGAAAUAUAAAAUGGACUUGUGGUCUGGCAGCAACUGCUUCUCUAGCAAUAGUACCAAAGUAAAUAAUGGAGUCUUUUUUAGCAGGUCUGCAGUAAAAGAUAACAUUUUUUUCUUAGUCCUCUUGCUCUCAGUCCCCAUACUUUUGCCAAUAAUAGUUUGACUUUCAGUACGUGGGUCUUCAUGUAGAUCAUAACGCAAUAUGGUAACUAUUUCCAAAGCAGCAGCCAUACUGAAUUCUUGACUUAGAGAAGCUUCUUAUAGUUGCUGAUGUUAAUUGCAAGAAAUAACUAUAUACAACUUUGAGAAGUAAAUAUUUCCACACACACACACAAACAAGUUUUGAUAUGGAAUGAAACCUAGUAACAUUUAUCAAUAAAAUUGAGUGAAAAGAAUUACAAAUCAACUUAAAAAUAGAUUUGUUUCAAUAAACUGACUUUUGGGGAUAAUGAUCAUUGUUUUGUAUUUCAAAAGUAUUGACUUUAGAAAUCAGUUGUAUGAUAAUGCCUUUGUAUGUUUGUCUUCCCCUUGUAUUUUUAAAUAACCAGUAAUCUGUACUUCAAUAAAAUUUUUCU